AUGUCCCGGAAACGGAGGAGGCUGCGUGAAGGUGAUGAAGGGCCCCGUCCAAUCUCACACAGGACACAAAAUGCAGAACCUGUCGAGGCAUUCAUCAAAGAGGAACCUGUUUCGCCGCCACCAUUUGCCGACGAUCAUACUGCUGUUCGCGGCCGAAACCCUGCAGAGCGCCCCAUCUACAUUGACAUCGCGUCCCCCCAUUAUACUCCAGUAUACGAAAGUCGCGGACCACCAGUGCGAGAGCCAAUUUACGAGGUUGAACCGUACCACGGGCCCCUACCAGAUGCUGGUCCCCAGCGCACGAUAUCUCGUCUGAGCAUCAGGCGACCAAUCCGGGAAGAAGCCGAUCUUCGACGAUUGGCAAGUUCACAGUAUGCUCGGCAAUCAGAUUAUGCUCGUGAGUAUAUUGAGGCCCAUCCACGCCCAGUUCGAGCGGCAUCAUACAUUGUGGAACGCCCGGUCCAAGAGCGGCCAAGGUACUACGAAGAAGCCCCUCCUUACGCACAGCAUCGUUACAUUACCGCGGAUGACAUGCCACCCCCAACAUACCGGGAGACUUAUUACGAAGAGGCACCGCCAGCACGAAUGAUGGCACCACCCCAACGUCGGAUCGUGGUUGAUGAGCAUGGCACUCAGUACUAUGAGUUGCUGCAGGCACCAAGACUCCAGCCGAUGGCUCCUCCGCCCCCGCCACCUCACCGGCCAGUCUCUCAAAUGCCAAAGGAUGUUUAUGAUGAAAGAGUGCAUCAUCACGCGGGUAGUGUUCGUGCGCCUUCGGUUGUGCAAGACCCCUACGGUGAACGACAUUAUGUGCAUGAAAUGCCCCCGCCCCAGCCAGUCUACAGGCGAGUGACGUCAGAAUAUGCUCGUCCCGUAGCAGCCCAUGAGAGACAAGGCUACGCUGCUCCUUUGGCUUUGGAAGGCCAUGAACCUUACUCACGCAGCAGCAGUGUACAAGUAGCGGAGUAUCUUCCUCGCCAUGCCGUCUAUGUUGAUGAGCGUGGAGUACCCCAGGAGAGAAUAAUUCGGACAGCCAGUGUUCGUCCUCCACAACCUCGCUAUGAAGACUCACAUGAGAUUGUUCAGCGAGUUGGGAGUGUGAGACCAACUGGCCCGGGCCGCGAGCCCAGCAUCUUCAUGGAGGACAGACAAGUCGGGGAAUACGUUGAAAGACCGUACUACAUUCGGGAUAGACGGUACUAUGAAGGUGAAGGUGAAGAAGGGGAUCGCAUUGCGUUGGACGGUGCUAAUGAUACCAUUCAACGGGGCCCACAGCGUUACUAG